ACAUGACGUCACAUGCUACUUUCCCUACAGGACUCCAGCCAGCGGAGUAGAGGGGUCGAAGAAGGGAAUAGAAAUCUAAGUAAAGACAUUUCGGCCCUCAGACAGCUCCGUCCAAAUAAAAACAUUACCAUGACCGAAGAAAACAUCUUCCUUUUUGUCCCGAAUCUGAUAGGAUAUGCACGUAUUGUACUUGCUCUGGUAUCCUUCUUCUUGAUGCCCUGCUGCCCAGGUCCAGCAGUAUUCUGUUAUCUACUGAGUGCGCUGUUGGAUGCCUUCGAUGGACAUGCAGCCCGUGCUCUCAAUCAAGGUACAAAGUUUGGUGCCAUGCUGGACAUGUUGACGGAUCGUUGCGCUACCAUGUGUUUGUUGGUGAAUCUGGCACUGUUGUACCCGUCCUACACUUUCCUGUUUCAGCUCAGCAUGUGUCUGGAUGUGGCCAGCCACUGGCUGCACCUGCACAGUUCCAUGAUGAAGGGAGCCACCAGUCACAAAGCUAUUGACCUCUCUGGCAACCCCAUCCUUAGGCUGUACUACACAUCCAGGCCUGUGCUUUUUUUCAUGUGUAUGGGGAAUGAGCUGUUCUUCUGUCUGCUGUAUAUAAUGUACUUCAUUGAGGAAACCCAGGUGUGGAUGCAAUUGCUGCUGGCAGUGUGCGGUGUAGUCUGUCUGCUGAAGUCUGGCAUAAGUCUCCUGCAUCUCAUCACAGCCUCCCGCAAUAUGGCUGCCAUCGAUGUGGCUGACCGUGAGAAUGAGAAAAGCAAGGCACAAUGAUAGAGAGAGAGAGAGAGAGAGAGAGAGAGAGAGAGAGAGAGAGAGAGAGCAGAUGCAUUGAAAUAGAGCAAAAAAGGUGCGAGAGAUAGUGCUUUCAAUUUUAAAAGAGAAAGUUGUGAUAUUGUUGAUAGUCCUAAAAAUACUGAAGGCCAGUGUAGGAUGAGUAAAUGGAAACGAAUCAUGGCACCUUUCAAAGCCUCAGUAUAAGCAUUUACUUUUAUUUAAAUAUAGAUUAUCAAUGCUUAUAUACCAGGGCAAAUCUAUUUAUUCACAUUCCUAUAGUUGUGUUUUCUGUUGCUGUUAUUGGAAUGAAUUGCAGUAUGAGUGUACCAUGCUUAUGUUUUUGACUGUCAUUAGGUUUUUAGAUGUCAUUGGCUUAAGGUUUAUAAAAAUGAAAUGAUUCAUUAUUAUAACAUUGAUAAUAAUAACAAUUCAUAAAUGUUUUGGAAUGGCUCUGGUCAUUCAAAUUUUUAACAAAUACACAUACAGGCACAUUCCACACUUCAACUUAAAGCCACUUGAGUAUUAUUGUAUUUGGCGGUUGAUUAUCAUUAAUUGUGAUAUUUAAUCGUCCGAUUUUGGGGCUGUCCAGCAUUGUUUGAUUAGACUCGUAUGUGUUUUGUUGCAGACAUGUCAAAAUAUUUAUAUGUUUGAAUAGAAGUUUAAAGAUUGAUGGAUUUGUUAAUAUAAAAGUUUCCUUGUGGUAUCAGUU